GCCAUAUAAUUUGAGCUGGUUGGUGAUCUUUCUUGUUUUCGCAGCGAGUCUGACUGGUGAUCCAUUAUAAAAUAGCACAAACCGUCUGACAGCGUCAGUGGAGAGAGCGGGUUAUUGGGCGAGUCGCGGCCAUCUUCCGUUUGAGGCGGUGCAGGUGUGGCCAACAAACCGCGAAUGUUCGAAGAGUGACUGUACGCGCUGCACAAGAGCCAGCACAUUGCAUUCGCUUCGUGUUCCUUCCUCUCUCCAACAACCCAUCUCUCUCUCACAAGCAGGACAGACCGAAACGAAAAGAAAAUGUCUCAUGUGCAACUCCGCCUCGAAGAUGAAGGCGCCCCGGACUUUGCAGGCGACGUGGUUGAGACGCUCAAUGCGGUCCUCGCGCCCAACCGCUCCAAGUCGCCAAGCGAAGCUGCGGCAUCCCUGAACGCCCUCUGCAGUAACGACUACGCGCAACACGGCUCUGCGGGGUCGUUCCUCUGGUGGUUCUGGGAUCUGGUGCACGACUUGGCGCGCCAACUGCCCUACGACGGUCCGCAGCAGGACCAGCUAGCAGACGUCGUCAGGGCGCUUCACGACCUGCCGCCCAGGACGGUCAGCUUGGGAGAGGACUGGGGCAGCGAGGGCGACGUGCAGCUAUGGACGGGCUUGCCCAUGUUUGCCAAUACGUUUCGUGAAAAGCUCGAUGAUGGCGAUUCGAGAGCCUCCGGGGAGGUGCAGAGAAAGGAGCGGGCCGUCAAUCUCCAGGCUUACGCAUCGCGCGUCGCCGGCAUGGGCUUCUUUCCCUUCGAGAUGUACGCCGUCUGGGCCUUUGUAGACGCCUUGGAAGGCACCAUGAGGCAUGUCCGCGGCGCCCCAGAUGAGGUCGACGAUGACCCGGCCUCGAUCGAGGGUUUGCCAUACAAGGUCAGCAUCGCCGCAUCAUGGAUGGUCCACACCGGAGAGCGCUUGUACGGGCGCGACGAGGAGGUCCAUGGAGCUACGGCCGGCCCUCUAUGGAGGCUUGACAAGAAGGAGGCUAUCAGGCUGCGGCGCAAGUUCAGGGGCACGAAUGGAUUAUGUCCGCAGCGGUGGCGGCUAUGGAAGGGGAGGUUUGCCGCGAUUCACAGUAUGGAGCGGCUAGAUGAAAAGGUCCGGACCGAGGCGAAGAAUGCGUGUGCCGCCAUGGAUAAGGCUGAGGAGAGCCACAAGUCGUAA